GUCCUGUUGAACUUUGUUCUUACUAAUGAAAAAUGUUUUGAUUAAAUAUUGUUGGUGACUGGUAACACAUAAAAUGUUUUCGUUGGUGAUGGAUUAAAUGUGAUUAUUAUACGGAGGAAAUAACUGUGGUAUGAAUGGGGUUUAAUGAACAAUUCGCGAAUUGUUGAAGUAAAGUUAAAGCAUAUAGUAUAUCAAGAAAAAAAGUUUACAACCGAUUCUGUUUAGGCAGGAUGCAUUACCGACGAUUUUAAUUUUAUGGUUAGAACAUAAGGUUGAUAGUGUUUCUUACCAACAUACUACACUAAUCACUUUUUGCAAUUAUUUAUUUUAGUAUCAUUUUCUCUUUUUCUGGAACCCUUACUCCACCUUAUAAAGUAUUAUUGGAGUAUUAUUUUCUAUCACAUUUUUUUUUUAGUUUAUAUCUGUCAUUUUUCACAAAUAUCUAUAUUUUCAUAAGAUUUUUUGCUCUACCUUGAGAUAAAUUAUGGUACUUCAAUAAUAGUUUUAAAAAAUUACUGUAAAAAUUACGUAGAAAUCCGUUGGAAUCAUCCCGGGUGGGCAAUACCCGUUUUACCUUUGCCCUAAUCUUCCCUCCUCUGCCGGAUGAACAAAAAAGCUGCCCCAAUCUACAGAAUUAAGCUGUGAAUUUGCCUCACAAGAUUAUCAAAUGAAUUACCUCAUCUAGAUUCUGUUUCCUGGUUGAUGAGACCAUAACCAUCAAGCUGAUCUCAAGAAACAAUGGCGUACAAAUCAAUUUUCGACUCUUCCAAGUUGACUGCUGAGUUCCAGAAUGCCCAAAUCAACACUCAGUUCAUCCCUCUCAUCUGGAAAUAUGUUUUACAGAACCCUAACUGCGAGUGGGAGGAUAUUCCCUCUUUGCCCUCGGCAGCUUAUCCUCUCCUGCGUUCCAAGUUCAAGUCGCUAACUUCUACUGUUCAAUCCGUCAUUGAUUCCACGGACCAAGUCACCACGAAGCUCCUGAUAUGUUUACAGAAUGGAGCUUCUGUGGAGGCCGUGAUCAUGAGAUAUGAUACACGUUUGGGAAAAUAUAAUGGGAAGGCUCGUCCCGGUGGACUGAGGUCCACUUUGUGUAUCUCCUCCCAGGUUGGAUGCAAAAUGGGCUGCAGGUUUUGUGCAACAGGAAGCAUGGGAUUCAAAAAUAAUCUAUCACCAGGAGAAAUUGUGGAACAGUUGGUUCUGGCCUCCCGACUAUCACCUAUACGUAAUGUUGUUUUCAUGGGAAUGGGAGAACCAUUAAAUAACUACUCUGCUGUGGUUGAAGCUAUACGAAUAAUGACAUCCUCACCAUUUCAGCUGUCUCCAAAGAAAAUUACUGUGUCUACGGUUGGCAUUAUCCCUGCUAUAAAGAAGCUUCAGCAUGAUAUACCAAAUUUAAACUUGGCUGUUUCACUGCAUGCACCGGUUCAAGAUAUUCGAUGUCAAAUCAUGCCUGCUGCACGAGCCUUCCCACUGGAGAGACUAAUGGAUGCAUUGAGAGAAUAUCAAGAAAAGUGUCAGCAGAAGAUUUUUAUUGAAUACAUAAUGCUUGAUGCUGUGAAUGACGAGCAGCAACAUGCUCAUCAACUUGGCAAGUUACUGGAGACGUUUCAAGUGGUUGUGAACCUCAUACCUUUUAAUCCGAUAGGCACUCUUAGUCCUUUCAAAUGUAGCAGUGACGAAAAAGUAAAUAGCUUCCAGAAAAUACUUCGAGAAGCGUAUAACAUCCGCACAACAGUACGGAAGCAAAUGGGACAGGACAUAAGUGGUGCAUGUGGUCAGCUGGUGAUCAACAUGCCAAAGAAGCAAUAUCCUAGUGGAGAUGCGGUGACAGACAUUGAAGAUCUACGCUUGUAACUGUAAUUUUUUAGGUGAGAUAUGUUAGUUUAUGCAGUACAAAUAGUUAAGUUAUUCGCAUUUCUGUAAAUAUUGUCCAUAGCAUCAAUAAUGUUUUCUGAAUGGUCAAUGAUCUUCCUGUUCUCUUAAGACUUCUAUGUGUUAAUUGCUGGAGAAAAAAGACAUAUUUAGUUGAUCUGAGUCCUCUUUAUGCAUCUGUUAAAUGAAUGUUCUCUUAUUCAGUCGAUCAUGCUUAUAUUUGUUUAUAUUUGAACAGGUAUUUAGGUUAUGGUGGGUA